AUGGCGGGUAGCGUAACAGCCAGCUCAUGGCGCACGCUCAGAGCUGGAUGGAGCACCCUGACCCCUCCUCAGCAGGGCCUAGGGCAAGACCAGCCCACGGACCCUCGCCCAUCAGAGCCGGAGGGGCCAGACCCAUCCAGUCCAGGGGGUUUCGGGCAGGGUUCCUCAACAUCCUACGGCAGGACUGCCCCCACCAUGCCGUGGCCCCUGCUGCUGCUCCCACUGCUGCUGCUGCUGGCCGUGAGCGGGGCCCAGACGACCCGGCCAUGCUUCCCCGGAUGCCAGUGUGAGGUGGAGACCUUCGGCCUCUUCGACAGCUUCAGCCUGACACGCGUGGACUGCAGCGGCCUGGGCCCCCACAUCGUGCCUGUGCCCAUCCCUCUGGACACAGCCCACUUGGACCUGUCCUCCAACCGGCUGGAGACCGUGAACGAGUCGGUGCUGGCAGGGCCGGGCUAUACCACGCUGGCAGGCCUGGAUCUCAGCCACAACCUGCUCGCCAGCAUCUCGCCCACCGCCUUCUCCCGCCUUCGCUACCUGGAGUCGCUCGACAUCAGCCACAAUGGCCUGGCAGCUCUGCCGGCGGAGAGCUUCACCAGCUCGCCCCUGAGCGACGUGAACCUCAGCCACAACCGGCUCCGAGAGGUCUCGGUGUCUGCCUUCACGACCCACAGCCCGGGCCGGGCGCUGCACGUGGACCUCUCCCACAACCUCAUCCACCGCCUGGUGCCCCACCCUGCAGGGGCCAGCCUGCCCGCACCCGCCAUUCAGAGCCUGAACCUGGCCUGGAACCGGCUCCGCACCGUACCCGACCUCCGGGACUUGCCCCUGCGCUACCUGAGCCUGGAUGGCAACCCGCUGGCUGCCGUUGGCCCGGGUGCCUUCAGGGGGCUGGCAGGCCUCACGCAUCUGUCACUGGGCAGCCUGCAGGGGCUCCCCCAGCUGGCGCCCCAUGGCUUCCGUGAGUUGCAAGGCUUGCAGGUCCUGGACCUUUCAGGCAACCCCAAGCUCAAGUGGGCGGGAGCUGAGGUAUUCUCGGGCCUGGGCUCCCUGCAGGAGCUGGACCUGUCAGGCACGGGCCUGGUGCCUCUGCCUGAGAUGCUGCUCGUCCACCUGCCAGCACUGCAGAGCAUCAGCGUGGGCCAGGGCGUGCGGUGCCGGCGGCUAGUGCGGGAGGGCGCCUAUCCUCGGCAGCCUGUCUCUAGCCCCAAGGUGGCCCUGCACUGCGUAGACCCCCGGGAAAGGGCUGCGGAGAGCCCCAACGCUUUGUGA